AUGUUGAAGUUUGAGAAGCAUAUCAGUAGCGUAUCUAUUCUCUCCAAUUCUGUCGUAAAGCUUGGCCAAGCAUAAAGUUUAUUUAUCAUUGCAAUCAAUUUUUUACUGUUUGUUCCAAAAGUCUGACAUGUUAAGUGUUAAACAUAUUUUCUAUUGCCCACAAUGAGACAUACAUUGUGGCAUAUUUGCAUCACAACCGUAUUAUAAAGAUUCAAAUGGUUUCUAUUUACGCAAUUUUUAUUUAAAAUGAUAUUUUUUUCUGGAUUCACACCAUAAAGUUUAUAUGGCUUUGAAACAUAUAUGAAACAUUAAUCAAGCUGCUUGGUUAAAGGGAUUUUCACAACAAUUUCGGUAUAGUGAAAAACAAUUGAACCGGAUAGGAAAUAUUAUACAACUAAACCGAAAAGACUGAUAAAAUCGACUGGUAGAUCAAACUUAAAAUCACGUGACAGCCGCUUGCAAUUUUCCAGAUUUACGAAAAUAUCCUCGUAACUGACAGAAAAGAUCGAUAAGAUAUCCCACCCCCCUUAAAUUCUGGGACCCCAACUUUUGAAUUUUCGAAUUCCGGGACCCAAACUUUUGAAUAUUUGAAUUUAACCCCCAAAAAACUGAAGGAUUGGGUCUCUUUAUCUUCCCAAUCUCCCUCCCUCCUCUAUAUCUGCAACACUCCCAUCGAAAUCCUCAAAAACCCUAAUCCUCCGCCGCCACUUUCCACAACUUCGAGAAUCUCAAUGGCCAAGAAGAAAGGGACGCGUAAGAGUAACGCCACCGUCAACGUCGACGUCAACGAUACUCCACAAAGCCACGACGAGAAAGCCGCUACUAAGCUUAUCCGUCAGUCUUCCAUGGAAGAAGACCAAGACCACCACGAGGAGAGAGUCCAGAACCUGAAGUCUCUCAACGCGAUGCUCGUCAAACAGACGGUUGAGAAGCGGCAGCAGAUCGAUUCGCUGGCAAAUGCCAAGAGCGAGCUGGAGACCGAGCUGGCUCGCUACGGCGGCGAGUUGGAUCAGGUUAGCGACGAGAAUCUGGGGCUGAGGAUGGAGCUGGGGUUGGUUAUGGAGUUCGUCGGGUGUAGGUUUAGGGAGAUGGGCGUUGGAGUGGAGAGGUUGGUUAAGGAGAGGGAUGUGAUCAAGAAGGAGUUUGAGUUGCAGAGUGAGCAGGUGAAUCAAUUGAAGGAGAGUGUGGUUGUGCUGGUGGAGAAGGAAGCGAGUUUGGAGAAGGAGAUUGAGGGGUUGAAGAGAGAAAAGAAUGAGAUGGAGAUUGUAAAGAGUGAUCAGAGAGGUGAAAUCGAGGAGCUGGAGAGGAAGUUAGGCGAGGUGAGUGAUACUGUGGAGAGUUUGAUGAAGGAAGAGAAGGUUUUGAGGGGUGUGGUUGUUGGGUUGGAGAAGGAUCUUGAUGAGUGUGUGGAGAAAGAGAGGGUGAUGAUGGUGGAGAUUGAUGUUAUAGGGAAAGAGAAGAUGGUUAAGGAAGCUGAGCUUGAGAGGUUAGUGGAGGAGAAGAGUUUAGUUGAGAAGCAGAUGGAGAUGGUUAAUGUUCAGUGCUUGGAGAAGGAGAAGUUGAUUGACCAGUUGUGUAGGGAGAAAGUUGAGCUUGUGGAGCGUGUUGUUAGUGGGGAGGCAAAGCGUGUUGAGUUGAAUCGAAAGGUUGAUGAGCUAGAGCGUGCCGUUUCUGCGCUGCGAAAGGAUUGUGUUGAUCGAACCGAGACGAAUGAGAAGCUUCAGUGUAAAGUUGGAGAGCUGAGGGAUGCGCUUUGGCAGGUUGAGGUCGAGAGAGAGGAAGCUGGUAAGGCACUUGAUGAGGAGAAGAGACACGGAGAGGAUCUCAAGGCGGAUGUUUCAAAGUCAGAGAAGAUGAUUGAGACAACUCUAGUAGAGCUUGAGGAAGUUAAGAUCGAGCAGGAGAGCUUAUCUACAGCAAAGAAUGAUCUGGAGAAACAAUCCAAAUCAUUGAAAAGCGAAAAGGCUAUCCUGGAAAAGAAGCUUCUAGAGCUCACAAAAGCUAUAGAGUCCGCUGGAAUGGAAGCAAAACGCAGCUUGGUGAUGCUAAAGAGCGCCGCAUCCGCUGUGUCGCAGUCAGAUAGCGAGCAGCAGAAGCAAGAAAACGGAGCAGAAUCCUAUGCCUUGGAGCUAGAAUCGAUAGAGCAAGCGUUCAGAAACAAAGAGAGCAUAAUCGAGGAGAUGAAGAAAGAAGCCGAGACAAUGAAGCAAUCAACAGAAGAGGCACACAAGAAGAAGAGCUUCUGGACAGUUGUUUCCUCCGUAACAACGAUUUUUGCUGCUGCAUCCUUUGCCUACGCCUCUAGAACUCGUUAAGCACACUGCACACGUCAACAUGCCUUUGAUUAGCAUCUCACUAGAGCUGUUUACUUUUUGCCUUUCAAAUAAUGUUUGUUGUUUAGGUCUCUCAGCAAAGACAACGACUCUAAUAUGAAAUAUAAUAAUCUUUCUCCUGAGAUCAGUUUGUGUAUCUAAUUGAUUUUCUUAAA